UUCCCGUUUUGGACAUCCGUCAAUCUUAUCUUAUUUAUUAUCUUUUUUUAUUUUCAAAUAGGAAUGCGAAAUGCAUCCUGGGAUAUUUGACGGUCCCAACGCAGGCACACCAGUACAGAAAAGAACGCGAAUUGAGAAACGCAAUCCAAAUCAUGAAAUAAAAGGUAUUUCCGAAUCCGUGUAUGGUUUGUUAAAUUGGAAUAUUCAAUGAACGAACCAUACACGGAGUUCUCUGCCUCUCUGUCCAUUGUUUGAUUUGAAUUCGCGGGAUUUUCCCGGCAUUCAUUGCGGUUGUAUCACAUUUUCGCAAACAAAACAAACCAACUGUAUUAUUCAGUCUUCCCGUUUUGGAUAUUCGUCAAUCUUAUCUUUUUUACUUUGGCGAGCAAGAAGUCAGGAGAUGUUGUCAGGUAUGAAGAGCAGCGAAACACAUCUACAACAUCUGUACAGGUGUGGGUGUGGCAUACUCCCAUGGACUCGUCAGCAACGACGCACUCCAGCGAUUUAUACAAUAUAAACACAUUAUAUAAAGCAAAACCCCUCUUUCAUUUUAAAAUAGUAUGUAAAUAAUAGGCCUCCAUCUUUGUUAUACUUUUAAAAUGUCCCUAUAUAGCCUAUUUUAUAGCUUUUACACUGAUAUUUUAAAACGGGAAUGCGAAAUGCAUCCUGGGAUAUUUGACGGUCCCAAGUCGAUGGACAAAGAGGCAGACACGGAGUUCUGCCUCUGUCUAUCCGUUUAUUUGAAUUCAUAGAUGAUCGCUAGGCUAGCUAUUAUUCACAAGCCAAAAUCCAAAUCAUGAAAUAAAAGGUAUUUCCGAAUCCCUGUAUGGUUUGUUAAAUUGGAAUAUUCAAUGAACGAACCGUACACGGAGUUCUCUGCCUCUCUGUCCAUUGUUUGAUUUGAAUUCGCGGGCUUUUCCCAGCAUUCAUUGCGGUUGUAUCCAUUUUCACGCAAACAAAACAAACCAACUGUAUUAUUCAGUCUACCCGUUUUGGACAUCCGUCAACCUUAUCUUUUUUACUUUGGCGAGUAAGAAGUCAGGAGAUGUUGUCUGGUAUGAAGAGCAGAGAAACACAUCUACAAGAUCGGUAGAGGUGUGGGCGUGGCAUACUCCCAUGGUGCUUCGCGAGUUGAAUGACUAUCGUCAGCGACGCACGGCACGGCUCACUCUCUGAUCGGAUUUUCUCUGCUUGAGACAUCUUUGUUCAGAUAGACCAUUUUGCUCUCCUUUCCACGGAUUAAUAUUGUGAGCGGAUUCAUUCGAGUACGUUCUGUCUUUCAACUUUGCGGUUCAACCAAAGAACUUCGUUGUCAAGAUUGUCUCAGCAAGGUAGGUUUGUUGGUCAUGUGUUGAAAGGAGAAACAGGAGAUCGUCCGCGGUUCAACUCAAGAUGCCUCGUGCCUCGCGCGUUUCGGCUGCAGCCAAGGUGAGGAUGAGGACGAUUCUUCCGAUGGCAACGACUCUGGCUAGAGGCUUCCUCCCUGUGCGUGGCACUGGAGCUCGUCACCGUGUCAAGCCUUGGCCUGUCUCUGCCCACACUGGGAAGUUCAACCGAUUGGAUCUCCCUCCUGAGUCUCCAGAUAAGCAGUUUGUGCUGUUUGUGGGCGACUCGCAUCUGCGUGCGUUGGUUGACCGUUACGUGAGGAUGCCAGACGGUUGCCUUUCGUUUGGGUUCCUGUCUACGCCUGGGGCGUCUGCCGCUGAGCUCCGCACUGAGUUGCUGAACGCAGACAUCCCCAGAACCCCCGACAUCGUUUGCUUGCUGGCUCCAAGCAACAACCCGGCGCCCGGCAUCGAAGCGGCUGGAGUUGCCUUCGAUGGACUUCUGAGAGCUGCCCGCAGUCGAUGGCCUAAGGUGUUUGUGCUCGAUUUCCCUCCCCGGCUGGCGAGUGAAUUGGCACCGCAACAAUUCCUUCGAGAGGAGUUUCGUCGCGUUGCAGCAAAGAACGGUGUAGAGUACUGCGUCACAGCUGACCGCUUUCCGCUGGACUCACGUGCCUUGUGGAGUCGUGAUGGGAUCCACCUGAGUGACGAUCUGGGGAUGCCGCUUCUCGCGAAGCUUCUGUGGCACUUCUCCUUUCGGCAGCUACAGUCACCUCUGCCUGUUACACCUCCGCCUGUGUCUCCUCCCAAGUCACCCCCGACUGUGAGACCCUUUGCUACCACCGUGGUUGUGAAGGGAGAGGUUUCACGUCCACGUCCCCUUGACCCCUUCAAGGAAACUGUCGUCGGACGUCGCGGAAAGCGCAGCCAACCUGAGUCCUGGGAUGCGCCUGAGGACUGGGAUCAGUCUUCCGUGCGGAUCCUUCCUGAUGAGGUUUGUGUGCCUCCUCUGGUCCUGAGGGAGUGCUUUGUCGUGCUAAACCCUAUCCGGUUUAGCACUGACAAGUUGGCUGCAAUGGAUCGCAUUGUUCCAUCCAACCUUGACGUCCCCAUGGGGAAUCGCUCAAAGAAACGGAAGGUGGCACAUGGAACCACGGCUGUGGUCUCCAAAGGAAAGAAGGCCCGCCUUGAGGCACUUCAAACUCCAGCAAGGAUUGCCAAACCUUCGAAGCUGGUACCUCCCCCUCGACCUGUGCCAGAAGCUGCUGUGCCAGCCACUCUGGAGGGCGUACCUCCUCCUCGACCUGUGCCAGAAGCUGCUGUACCAGCCACUCUGGAGGGCAGCGUCUUUGUGCCUUCGAGCAAGUUUGCUCAACCGGAGGGGGAUGACCAGACUCUGUGUGUUGAUGAGUGGCCGUUUCUUCAAACAGAGUUUUGUGAGAAGGUGAACCAGCCAACUGCUCGGGUUGUCUCUGGACAGAGAAAACAAGAGGAGCCAACACCUUGGGGGCCAAAAGUUGUGAUGGCCCAGGCUGAUAAACCAACAGCUAAUGAGACCAGCUUCUUGGGAUGUUCAACCAAGAUGACACACAUUGAGGACCAUGAGCCGUUUGAACCAGCACCUGAGGUCACUGCGAGCAGUCAGCAGCAGAGCCCGCCUGAGGACAAUGGCCAGCUUGAAGAUCGUCAUGUAACACUUGGCAAUCAGAAGGCACCCUGUGAUUUUGCACCUGCCAGAGCUGCUACAUCAAGUCAUGUGACUUAUGACAACCCUGGGUGUCUUCAAGGAUCGUUUGACCAGAGCAGCCACAUAUUCGGGGAAAAUGCAGGUAAGCAGUGUGCUACAAAUGGCAUAGCGGCGAUUAUGACCCACACCACCCAUAGCGUUCUCAAAUGGAAAAAAAAGAACAUUCAUCAUAUUCUAAAACAAGGUAAUGGCUUGUACACAUCUAUGCUAGAAAAUAAGGAAAUCAGUGCAGCCAAAACCAGUGGGCAUAUUUUCAUUUCCGAGUUACCCAGACACUGCAAAUUCAACAAUAAAUUAUUUAGUUUGGAAUAUUUUGAUACACUCACUGGAAGUCUUGAUCAAAAGGAUGAUUAUGACGCUUCUUUGCAAAACAUAGCCAUGCCUUUAGAAGAGGCUAUUCAGAAGACACUGCUGCAGACAGACACAUGCUUGCUCAACAUCCAAGGAAGUGUCUGUGCCGUUUUCAAGGUCGAAACUGCUUUUGCAGUUUUCGAUCCUCAUUCUCGUAGUACUUGGGGUUCGGUUGCACCGGAUGGAACCAGCAUAGUAGCGCACUAUGCUACUGUGUAUGAGUUAUAUGAGCAUAUUGAGAACCUUGUCAAUUCCUUAUAUCAAAAUCCUCCACAUGCUUUUGAUAUCACAAACAAGGUGUUUGAAGUCACUGGUGUGAAAGCUGUUGAGGUAAACUCACCAUUUACUGCUUUAACUGCACAGCCUGAAGCCAGCACUUCGGCACAUGACGGUACUUUGGACACUGACAGUGACUCUGAUCUCUGGGUCCUUUCGGUAACAGAUAGAAAUUCCCAUGCAGUAAACACGUCUUUUUCCCUUGAAACUGUGCAGCCUGUAGCAAACACUUCUACAUGUGACACAACUGUAAACAUUGACAGUGAUCCUCCAAUUCACACGGAGGGUGCAUCAGAUGUCUGUUUAAUUUCUGUAACUGAUAGCCCCAAUAUAAUGUUUACGGGAUUGACAUUAAGGGAAAAAAACAGGAUCUGCAACAAACUGAAUAUCGUACCAAGUUUAGAUCAAAAUAUUGUUGUACAAACCUUCGAUAUGGCACAGCCUGAACCAUGCCAAACAACAUCCAUUGAAGGUGACGGUAAUUGUUUCUUUCGUUCUCUUUCGUCUGUAUUGAGUGGUUGCGAGUCACAUCACAAGGCCUUUCGUAAGGCUGUAGUGAAUCACAUCUCAAAUAAUCCACUUCAUUACAUUACUUGUCUAAGACGGCAAUUUGCUUCUGUGGAGCAAUAUCUCAUGGACUCAAAAAUGAAAUAUGUUGGAUCUUGGGCAACAGAGUUGGAAAUACAAGCUUCAGCAGAUUUUCUCUGUGUUGAUAUUUACACAUACAGUCAACAGAAAUGGAUAAUGUUUACGGCAAACAUUGAGCCGAUUUCAAGAAAAGCAAUAUAUCUGAAACACUGCAAUGAAUGCCAUUAUGAACCAAUUGCAUGUGUCAAAGAAAAAACCUCUCUUACAUGCUUUUGUUUAACUAGCUUCUGUGAAAUGUCACACAAAAUGUCCAAUGCAGACCUUGUUUCACCACGUAAAAAAUGUAGUGAUAAAGUAAAAGAUCUAAGGAGAAAGAAAACGUAUGCUAUAGACACAGAAUAUAGACAAGUUCAAAAGCUAAAAACACGACAAAGAUAUAAUUGUGAUGAACAGUAUCAAGCAAAUCAGAAAGCUAGCAGUAUCGAAAAAUAUGCUAAUAAUGAACUGUUCAAAGAAGAAGUAUUAAACAGCGGUAUUGAAAAAUAUGCUAAUAAUGAAACGUACAAAGAACAAGUAAAAAACCGCAGUAUUGAAAAAUAUGCUAAGAAUCCUGCCCAUCGUAACCAGGUGAAACAAAGAACUGUAAUCAAAUACAGAGAAGAUCCGGCUUGUAAGCCCUCUUUAAUUGAAAGAAACUGUCAAAAGAGACUUAAUCUAACCCUCUUAAAACACAAUAUUGACUUUGUAAUUGAGCUCUUCCAAGAAGAGGUCAAACAUGGUCCAGAGCAUGUUUGUUGUUCAUGUCACAGAUUAUUGUUCCGAAAGCAAGUAAGAUUAUGUGACAUAACUUCAUAUGAAUCCAAGGCUUCAACUGUGUCAGCAAUUGCAAAACAAUGCAUUACUACAACGUAUCUCCAUCAAUGUGAUAUUGCAUGUUUAACGCCAUGCACACUAAAACAGACAGUUGCUGGGAAAUUGUGGAUAUGUUUCAGUUGCAACUCCAAGAUACUCAGUGGUAAGGUUCCCCAGGAGAGCGCUGUGAACAAUAUGGCGUUGGAUCCAAUUCCUGACGAAUUAGGCACACUGAACUCAUUAGAACAACACCUGUGCGCAUUGAAUAUUCCCUUUAUGCGACUUGUGGCAUUGCCACGAGGUUCUCAGAAUUCUGUCCAUGGGCCGGUGACUUGCGUUCCAUCAAACAGCGAUGUAGUCACUUCGGUUCUCCCAAGGCUAGAAAAUCAAGAUUUAAUGAUCCGGAUAAAACUGAAAAGAAAACUUACUUAUAAGGGGCAUUAUCAGUAUCAAUAUGUGCACACUCAAAAAAUCCAAAAUGCGAUAGCAUGUUUAAAGGACAUGAAUAAAUGGUAUAAGGACAUAGACUUUAACGCAGAAUGGGAAAAUCCCUUGCCAGAAGAUGCAUGUUCGGUUUUGAAAGAAUGCAACCCAGUUAAUGACACUCCAUCUGCACCUGAAAGCAGUGACAUUACAACUCAAUCAGACCAGGUGUCGGAUGAUGAAGAAGCUGACCACAUAUAUGAAACUCAAACACACGGGUUACUCUUGGACACAUGUUUGCAACCGAUUGAUAUCGCACAAGAAAUAUUUGAUCAGCAUUUCGAAAGUGUUUUAUCAAUAGCUCCAGCUGAAAGCAACAGUCCUGUUAGGUUGCUGACAGAUAAGGGCAAUGAAGCAAAAUGUUUUCCAACUCUUUUCCCCAAAGGUACAGGUACAUUCCAUGAUGCACGGCCCCACAGGCUCACUCUCAGUAGAUACAUCAACACACGAAUCCUAAAUGCUGAUGGGAGGUUUAGCAGCAACUUGGACUACAUUUUCUAUGCUCAAUAUUUAUCUGAGGUCAAUCAGGUUGUUUCCAAGGUGUCCAUAGCAUUGAGAAAAGGUUACCAUGCAGGGGAAUCAUUGGCUAUAACUUCCGCCAUGCUUUCAAACAAAGACUAUGUAAGUAAUGUCUUAAAAACCGAUCUCGGUUACAAGUUCCUUCAACCGAUCCGAGGGACUCCAGUUUUUUGGCAAGGUGUACAGAAAAAUCUAUUUGCUAUGGUUCGUCAGCUUGGUGUCCCUACUUGGUUCUGUUCAUUUUCAUGUGCUGAUUUACGCUGGACUGAACUCAUCGAUGUUUUCAUGAGACUACAGAAAAUACAGGGAAACGUCAACGACCUGGACUGGUCACAGAGGUGCAAUUUACUCAAAACUAAUCCGGUUACCGCGGCAAGAAUGUUCCAACACAGGUUUCAGACUUUCCUAAAUGACGUCAUCAAGUCACCAGCUAACCCCAUCGGUAAAGUUAUCGAGACAUUUUUUAGAGUUGAAUUCCAACAACGCGGCUCACCCCAUACUCAUUGUCUGUUCUGGGUAGAAAAUGCACCGAAAAUAGGCAAAAACACAGACCAAGAAGUCACACAAUUUAUUGAUAAAUACAUCAGUUGUGAACUCCCGCCAGCAACCGACGCAUUGCAUGAAGUUGUUUCCAGCGUUCAAAAACACAGCUCCAAGCACUCAAAGAGUUGUAGGAAAAAAGGCACAACAUGCAGAUUUAACUUUCCACGUCCUCCAAGCAACCACACCUUUCUUUGUAGAAGUAAAACAGACGAGAACCAGGAGGUAACAGACGCUGAUCCGAUAGACGUCUCUAUAUUAGAAAUGCGAAAAGAAAAAGAGGUGGCUAAAAGUGUCAUGACGAGGGUCAAACAUGCUCUUUCAAGUCCAGACCUAACCUUCGACACUGUGGAUCAGCUAUUUGCUUCCAUUAACAUCACCCAGGAAAUGUUUGAAAAUGCCUACCGAUUGACAACCAAUAAAAACGCGGUUGUACACAAACGCAACCCAUCAGAUGUUUACGUUAAUCAAUACAACAAAGACCUUUUGCGUUGCUGGGAUGCCAACAUGGACAUACAAUAUGUCUGCGAUGCUUUUGCUUGUGUAGUAUACAUAAUAUCCUACAUCUCAAAAGCAGAACAAGACAUGGGCUUAUUGUUACAACAUACUCAAAAUGAAAUGAAAAAACAUGGAAAUUUAGAUGCAAAACAAACACUCAAUAAGUUGGGAAGUGUCUUUCUCCACAAUCGCGAGGUCUCAGCUCAAGAAAGUGUUUAUCGAGUCACAAACAUGCAUCUCAACGAAUGCUCAAGACUGGUCACAUUUAUCCCUACUGGUGAAAAUACCGUCAGAAUGAGUUAUCCUCUCAGUGUCAUUCAAAGCAAAGCAGAACAGGGUGACACAUCAACAGACUCGAUAUGGAUGACGAGCAUAACGGACCGCUACAAAAACCGCCCCCAGGGCGCAAUUUUUCAUGAUAUUUGUAUAGCCACAUUUGCUUCAAAAUACAGAGUUCUGUACGGGAAAGAGCAGCACAGCCAGGGCUCUGUUAAACUGGAAAAUAACACUGGCUUUGUUAAGAUGAGAACUAGGGGACCUGAUGCUGUUGCUAAAUACGCUCGUUUCUCACAAACCAAAUAUCCAGAAAAACACUACCACAGUUUGCUACAAUUGUUUUUGCCUCAUUAUUCAACAGAUGAGUUAAAACCUCCACCGUACAACAGUUAUGAGCAGUUUUACAGGACCGGUUCCAUCACUAACAGCAGCAAUACAACGCAAAGUGUUAAGGAAGUUGUAGAUUUCAACAGAUCCCUGUUUGAAGUAGAUGCAGAUGAGCUCGACAGAUGCCAAGAGGUUGCAGGGCACCGCGGGGCUCACGACGAGGCAUGGGCAGACCUUUGCCCUGAAUCUGAGUUGGAGCGAUUAGAAUGUCAGGAGGAGAUGUCUAACAACAACGACACAAAUCAAAAUGAAAGAGAAGCCAUACCGGACUUGCAGUCGGACGCAAAGGCAACGCUGUCUAAAGAAUUUCCCACACACUCGAUACAAAGAGCUGAAGGUCUGUCCAUUAUGCGCACGUUAAACGAACAACAGACUCAAAUUUUUUACAAAAUCCGCACAUGGUGCCUUGACAAAAUCAAUGGCAAAAACCCAGACCCGUUUCGCGUAUUCAUUUCAGGGGGAGCAGGCACGGGAAAGUCCCACCUGAUUAAAGCUGUGUACUACGAGUCAUGCAGACUCUUUGCAAGAAUGUCCAUUAAUCCAGACGACACUCAUGUUUUGCUAGCUGCUCCUACAGGAGUAGCAGCAUAUAAUAUCAACGGAAGCACAAUACACAGCACCUUUGCUAUUACUACCACUGCCAAACUGCCAUAUCAACCUCUAGGAGAUGAAAGAAUCAAUUCGUUAAGAGCCACCAUGAAAGACUUACAAAUACUCAUUUUGGACGAGGUGAGUAUGGUUGAUCAUAAAAUCCUGACGUAUGUCCAUGGCAGACUACGACAAAUAAAGCAACAAGGAGAUUAUGCAUUGUUUGGGAAUGUAUCAAUCAUGGCAGUUGGUGACUUCUUCCAGCUCGGCCCUGUAAAGGGAACACCUCUUUACCACGAGCAAUUGGUGACCGAUCUGUGGAACAAUCAUUUCACUCACAUUGAGUUGACAAAGAUAAUGCGACAAAAAAACAAAGAGUUUGCUGAAACAUUAAAUCGUCUUAGAAAACACAGAAAAGGAGACAAUCUUUACCAGCGAGAUGAAGUCUUGCUAAGACAACGCGAGACCGGCGAGGGGGAACUGACACAGGACCUUCACAUUUUCGCCACAAACGAUGAAGUGGCAGCCCAUAACAUUGCCAUGUUACACAAGACGUGUACGGAUUUGGUGCAAAUUAAAGCUCAAGAUUCUCAGAGAAACCCUACCACAGGACAAGUAACAAGAAAAAAUAAUCCAAAAUUUGAUAGUCAGACAUGUUUAAGCAGAACGUUAAUCGUUGGUCCAUCAGCUCGCGUAAUGCUCAUCAAAAAUAUAGAUCUGUCAGAUGGAUUGGUCAAUGGUGUAUUCGGUACCGUUUGCAAAAUCACCUUUGAAGGGAACGUUCAGUUUCCCAAAACCAUUUUGGUUAAGUUUGACAAUGACACAAUCGGCAGGAAACUGAGGAGUAGGUCUAUAUGCUUUGAGCCUCAAUUUCAACAAGCAACACCCAUAGAUGCUGUGGAAGACAAAGUAAUGACUGGUGGAUCUAGACGCCAAUUCCCGUUACGCCUAGCAUGGGCCUGUACCAUACACAAAGUUCAAGGUUUAACUUUAGAAAGAGCUGUAGUGUCCCUUAAAAGGAUAUUUGCAGCUGGCCAAGCAUAUGUAGCAUUAAGCCGAGUAACGUGUGAGGAAAACCUUAUCAUUCAAGACUACGCAGCCAAAGCCUUCUAUUCGAAACCAGACAUCGACAUUUCCCUGCAAAAAAUGGAACCAUUCAUUGCAACUCCACCAGCAGAAAUAACUUCAACCCUCAAAAUAUGCCUCCACAACAUUCAAGGUCUAUGUCAACACAUGGAAGACCUUAAACAUGACCAGAGAAUCUUGAGUGCUGACAUCAUUUGCGUGACAGAAACAUGGCUGGAACAAAGCACAUCAGUCAGUUCCAUUGAAAUGCCAGGUUGGACUUUUAAUCACAAACUCCGGUCCCAAUCCUACCAUAACAUGACCCAAUUCCAAGACUUGGUAAACAAACGGCACGGUGGUGUGGGCUACUAUCACAAAGACCACAUCACUUGUAACAUUAUACACAUGCCGUGCAGUGACUUGGAAGCCAUCAUGUUUAAUGUUCAGCCUUUGAAUUACAAUUUCAUUGUGCUGUACAAACCGCCAUCAUAUCAACUCGCCUUAUUCAAACAAAAUCUCGCUUUGGUAAUGCAACAAUUUAACCAACUUUCAGGAGGAAAGGUAAUUAUGGGUGACUUCAACGACAAUGCCCUUGUUUCUAAAUCUGCAGAAAAUUUCAUGCAACAACAAGGUUACACCCAAAUUGUCUCUUCGCCAACAACAGAAAACGACACAACAAUUGAUCACGUUUACAUUCGUGACAUUAGUCCCACUGAUAUCAAAGUGCAAAUUCUGUCCACCUACUACUCCGAUCAUGAGUGCUUCUGUUUAGAUUUCCUUCUGUAACUGGUUAGCUCGUUUAGCUCGCAGGUUUUAGCACU